AAUGCUUGGAAGCACCGAUGGAUGAAAGCGAAAGGGUUUGGAUGGCCUGGAUCUCGCGGUGAGCAAUUACCGGACCCUCUCCCUUUAUUCCCAGUGGCGCGGUGAGCGGAUCUCCCCCACUGUCGCUCCCAACUCGAUCUGGUCAGUCACCUUCGUUUCGCCGGCAAAUCCCCAAUCCCAUCUCCAAUACUUCCCCUUCUCCGUUUCUCUUCGGCGGCGGUGGAUUCGCGUCAUGAAAAUGGAGGGAUCUAGCAAAGGAGGGGGUAGUGCUGAUGUGGUUUUGCAAAAUUAUAAGCUAGGAAAGACUCUUGGCAUUGGCUCAUUUGGCAAGGUUAAGAUUGCAGAGCAUCUAUUGACAGGGCACAAGGUUGCUAUAAAAAUCCUCAAUCGUCGUAAAAUAAAGAACAUGGAAAUGGAAGAAAAAGUGAGACGAGAGAUCAAAAUAUUGAGAUUAUUUAUGCAUCCCCAUAUUAUCCAUCUUUAUGAGGUCAUAGAGACACAUUCAGAUAUUUAUGUCGUGAUGGAAUAUGUUAAAUCCGGCGAGCUAUUUGAUUAUAUCGUUGAAAAGGGGAGGUUGCAAGAAGAUGAGGCUCGACGGUUUUUUCAACAGAUCAUAUCUGGUGUUGAAUACUGUCAUAGAAACAUGGUAGCUCAUCGGGAUUUGAAACCAGAGAACUUGCUCUUAGAUUCGAAAUGCAAUGUUAAAAUCGCUGACUUUGGCCUAAGUAAUGUCAUGCGUGAUGGUCAUUUUCUGAAGACUAGCUGUGGGAGCCCAAACUAUGCUGCCCCUGAGGUAAUUUCUGGAAAAUUAUAUGCUGGACCUGAGGUUGAUGUAUGGAGUUGUGGUGUUAUUCUUUAUGCUCUUCUCUGUGGAACCCUUCCCUUUGAUGAUGAGAACAUACCUAAUUUGUUUAAGAAAAUAAAGAGCGGGAUAUACACCCUUCCUAGCCAUUUGUCAGCUCUUGCAAGGGAUUUGAUUCCCAGAAUGCUUGUUGUUGAUCCUAUGAAGCGAAUAACCAUUCGUGAGAUUCGUGAACAUCCAUGGUUCCAAAUGCGUCUACCUCGGUAUUUGGCUGUGCCUCCACCUGAUACAAUGCAGCAAGCUAGGAAGAUUGAUGAUGAUAUUAUUCAGGAGGUGAUUAAAAUGGGUUUUGACAAGAACCAAUUGGUUGAAUCUCUUCAUAACAGAAUUUCAAAUGAGGCAACUGUUUCGUAUUACUUACUACUGGACAAUCGUUUCCGUGCUAUGAGCGGCUACCUUGGCGGUGAUUUUCAAGAAACUAUGGAUUAUGGUGUGCCACCUAUGAGUUCAAGUGAAAAUUCAGAAUUUGCACAUCGCCUACCAGGAUAUAUGGACCCACAGGGAAUUGGUCUGAGAUCACAAUUACCUGUUGAAAGAAAAUGGGCUCUUGGACUUCAGUCUCGAGCUCAUCCUCGUGAAAUUAUGACGGAGGUCCUUAAAGCAUUACAAGAACUAAAUGUUAGAUGGAAAAGGAUCGGACACUAUAACAUGAAAUGCUGUUAUAUACCUGGCUUUUCUGAUCAUGCUGAAAGCAUGCUCAAUAAUUCUCCGCAUGCUAACCAUAGCUUCAGCGACGAAUCUGCCAUUGUUGAAAGUGACAAUAUAGUCAAGUUUGAAAUUCAGCUUUACAAGACCAGGGAAGAGAAAUAUCUCCUUGACUUGCAGAGGGUCAGUGGGUCACAGCUCCUCUUUCUCGACUUGUGUGCUGCCUUCCUUGCGCAGCUUAGAGUCCUAUGAUCUUGGCUUUUUGUUACAUAAUUUUUUCCUCUGUUUUAUUGUGUAUAUGUAACUGUCUUGUAUCAUAUGGAUGAACAAGUUUUUUUUUUUUUUUUCUGUGCUGAUCUUUUUGGGCCUUGUUGCUCAUUAAGCUCUUAGCGCAACAAGCUUUCUAUGAGAAACAGUUGCCCUAUUUUUUUUGGCAACAAUGACUUAAGGACAGUGAGUCUGCUAAAAUGGUGUCUUAUCAGCUAUCAGGCAGCUCAUUAUGCUCCUUUACCUUGUAAACUCUUUUAAUUAUGUAUCCAGGGUGUGUUUAUCUA